AACACUUGAGAAGAUGAAACUGAUUACAUACGUGUGGAAUAAACUAUAAUACCUUUUGAGGGAAAGGGAAGUAUAUUAGCUGCCAUUUGCAAUUUUGGGAUAGAAAGUGAGCAGUGGAAAACAUGCUGGAAGCAAUAGAUACACAUCGGGCCCUGCAGGCAGUGGAGCGCCUGCAGGCGAAACUGCGGGAACGAGGUGACUUAGCAAAUGAGGAGAAGUUGAGCUUGCUAAAAUCAGUGCUGCAGAGCCCUCUCUUCAACCAGAUCCUGAAUCUUCAGACUUCUGUCCACCAGUUGAGAGAUCAGGUAAAUGUUGCACCAUCCAUACAUUCGGCUGGCGAGUUCCCACAGCUUCCCCAUCAUGGUGCUAGUGUGGGUUCCUUGCCACAUAACGAAUCCUAUUUAUUGGCUCAGCAGAAUGGCAGCCCUGCUAAUGUGCUAGAAGCAUCUGUGAGAUCUGUUACUCCUCAGAUUAAUGGGAAAUCCUCCAGCUCCAGUGAUGAGUUGGAGCAACUAAUCAGAACUAUGUCACAGGGUCGCCUCGUCGAGACCUUAGAGCUGGUUAAACCUCCAAGUGGUGGGCUGGGCUUUAGUGUUGUGGGAUUGAAGAGUGAAAACAGAGGGGAACUGGGGAUAUUUGUGCAGGAGAUCCAAGAAGGAAGCGUGGCAUAUAGAGAUGGAAGGCUGAAGGAAGCAGAUCAAAUCCUUGCUAUUAAUGGACAAGCCCUUGAUCAGACAAUUACACAUCAACAGGCUAUCAGCAUCCUGCAGAAGGCAAAAGAUAAUGUCCAACUAGUUGUGGCCAGGGGUUCCUUGCCUCAGCUGAUCAGUCCUGUAGUUUCUCGAUCUCCAUCUGCUGCUAGCACAGUCUCUGCCCAUUCCAACCCGGUCCAUUGGCAGCAUGUGGAGACCAUUGAGUUGGUGAAUGAUGGAUCAGGUUUGGGAUUUGGGAUAGUGGGAGGAAAGUCAACUGGAGUUAUAGUUAAAACCAUCCUCCCAGGAGGAGUAGCUGAUCAGCAUGGAAGGUUAUGCAGUGGAGACCACAUCCUGAAAAUUGGCGAUACAGACCUGGCUGGAAUGAGCAGUGAACAAGUGGCACAAGUUCUGAGACAGUGUGGAAAUCGAGUGAAGCUGGUCAUUGCAAGAGGUCCCAUAGAGGAACCACCUCCACCAGCCGUCCCUCCAUCAACCCCCGUACCAACUUCCAUACCAGAGAAACAGGCAGAGACUUCUUUUGAUAUUGAUGAAGAUGGAGAGAAAUUUGAUGUAGAACUCACUAAAAACCUCCAAGGAUUAGGAAUAACUAUUGCUGGUUACAUUGGAGACAAAACCUCAGAACCUUCUGGUAUUUUUGUGAAAAGCAUUACAAAAGGCAGUGCUGUUGAACAUGAUGGUAGAAUCCAUAUUGGAGAUCAAAUUAUAGCUGUGGAUGGAACAAAUCUUCAGGGUUUUACCAACCAACAAGCAGUAGAGGUUUUGCGGCACACAGGACAAACAGUUCGACUCACUUUGAUCAGAAGAGGGCUUAAGCAGGAAAAUCACAUUCAGCCCCAUGAGGACUUCACUGCUGCUGUUGAAAAGGACUUAAUUUUCCAAACUGUGGAUAAUGGCACAGCCAAAGAACAGUGUGAAAGAGAGCAGGGAUCUCCACCACUGCCGUGCAGUGCUGGUGUGGUACACAUUGGAGAGGACAGUAAACAACAAGAAUCAGUAUUGCAGAAUAAAUGGCAGAGGAUUAUGGGUACAAAUUAUGAGAUAGUGGUGGCUGAAGUUAACAAAUUUAGUGAAAGCAGCGGGUUAGGGAUAAGCUUGGAAGCUGCAGUGGGACAUCAUUUCAUCCGAUCUGUUUUACCAGAAGGGCCAGUUGGACGAUGUGGCAAGCUGUUCAGUGGAGAUGAACUGCUGGAAGUGAAUGAAAUAUCUUUGCUUGGGGAAAAUCACAAGGAUGUGGUAAAUAUUUUAAAAGAGCUGCCUAUCAAGGUUACAAUGGUCUGCUGCCGUCCCAUUGCUCCACCCGUCAGUCAGUCAGAGUUGGACAAUCUGACCCUCUCUGAGAUUCAGCUCACAGAAAAGUCUCAUGUAGACCUUGGUGAAGUCAUUGGCUCCUCAGACACAGAGGGUACUGGCUUGGAAAUGGCUGAUGUAGGUCAGAAUAUUGACGAGGUGCAAGGAUCUCCUUUGGCAAUGUGGGAAACAGAAAUACAACACGUUGAGCUGGAGAAAGGGAGCAUGGGACUUGGCUUUAGCAUAUUAGACUACCAGGACCCAGUGGACCCGGCAAACACAGUAAUUGUAAUCCGCUCAUUGGUUCCUGGUGGUGUUGCUGAACAAGAUGGCAGACUUCUUCCUGGAGAUCGGCUGAUGUUUGUCAAUGAUAUCAACUUGGAAAAUGGCAGCCUGGAGGAAGCUGUACAAGCACUGAAAGGAGCACCAGUAGGAGCAGUUAGAAUAGGAGUUGCUAAACCACUGCCUCUUUCACCAGAAGAGGGUUAUAUUUCUGCUAAGGAAGAUCCCUUUUUCUACACUGCCCAGUCACUUGAGGAGGAAGGGCCAGUUGAUGCAGCCCUCUUCCAUGCUGAGCUGGCUCUGGUGGACUCAAGUGAGGCAGAUCUAGCGGAUGAAUCCACCUUUGAAUCACAGUAUACUUCAGACAAUGAUGACACCUUCCAGGCUUCUGUGUUAGCUCUGCACGGCAGUAGCUGUAGUGAUGGUCUGAACUAUAGCCUCUCUCUUCCAUCAUCAACUCCCAAGGGUGCUGGUGAAGAUUCCUCAAGUGCGUCAAUUGAUUUCCGACCAUCCAACAAGAAUCUAUACAACAUAGAUCUAAUCCAGGGAGGGGGAGAGAACCAAUCCUUAGAGGACACGAGCAUGGUACCUGCUGGUGGUGUUUCCAAAAAGGAUCCUAUGCCUUCAGAUAUUUCUGAGAAACUCGCUGAAUAUGAAAAUAUAGCUGCUUGGAUGGAACCUCAGACGUCAGCCGAAGUUGCACAAAAUACAAACUCUGCUAUCACAGUGCACCCUGACCUUACUGGAAAAGAUCCAGUGUAUUUAAUGGACAAGAGCUACCUGACAUCUACUACUGAGGGAAGUUCCACAAUCCAAAAUACACCCGAAAACAUGCAUGAGAAGACUAUCACUAUUGCAAAAGGCAAUUCAAGUCUAGGGAUGACAGUAAGUUCCAAUAAAGACGGCUCGGGAAUGAUAGUCCGCAGCAUCAUCCAUGGCGGUUCCAUAAGUCGUGAUGGACGAAUCGGUGUGGGGGAUUGUAUUCUGUCCAUUAAUGAAGAGACAACCACUAAUUUAACCAAUGCGCAGGCCCGGGCUAUGCUGAGGAGACAUUCACUCAUUGGACCUGAUAUAAAGAUUACAUAUGUGCCAGCAGAACAUUUGGAAGAGUACAAAGCCAGUUUGGGACAACAACCAGAGGACACAAUACCACCCAAUCUCUUUUCUGCACAUACUGUAAGAGAAAUUCCAGAACUACCUGAACGUGAAGAGGGGGAGGGAGAAGAAAGUGAACUUCAGAAUGCAGCUUACAGUCACUGGAACCAGCCCAGACGGGUUGAGCUUUGGAGAGAACCUAGCAAGUCGUUGGGAAUCAGCAUCGUCGGUGGACGAGGGAUGGGGAGUCGGCUGAGCAAUGGUGAAGUGAUGAGGGGAAUCUUUAUCAAACACAUUCUGGAAGACAGCCCCGCUGGCAAAAAUGGAACCUUAAAAACUGGAGAUAGAAUAGUGGAGGUGGAUGGAAUUGACCUCAGAGACGCAAGCCAUGAACAAGCUGUGGAAGCCAUACGGAAGGCAGGCAACCCUGUAGUCUUUAUGGUACAGAGCAUUAUAAACAGACCAAGGAAGUCAGGCCAGCCACUGCCUUUCACGCAGCACAACCUUUUCUAUGGGCCUGAUACCAUCAGCAGCACUAAUCCAUUUGCUGAUUCUCCUCAGUUCAACACUAACAAGGCAUCCAGUCAGUCAGAUUCAGAGCCAGAAAAGACUUCAUUUAGUAACUUGCCUCUGCCCCCUCCUUCAGCAUUUUCAGGAAUGAGCUGUGAAAUUGUACAAUCAUCUUCCAGCAAAAUUGAAGAGGAUGUGGAAGAUGAUGAUGAGUUUGGUUACAGCUGGAAAAAGAUCACACAGCGUUAUGGAACUCUACCAGGGGACCUGCACGUGAUAGAGCUGGAAAAAGGAAGGACUGGUUUGGGACUUAGCCUUGCUGGCAACAAAGACCGGUCCAGGAUGAGUGUCUUCAUAGUGGGAAUUGAUCCAAAUGGGGCAGCUGGAAAAGAUGGAAGGUUACAGAUUGCAGAUGAGUUACUAGAGAUCAAUGGACAAAUUCUCUAUGGAAGAACUCAUCAGAAUGCUUCCUCAAUAAUCAAAUGUGCACCAUCUAAAGUAAAAAUCAUCUUUAUCAGAAAUAAAGAUGCAGUGACUCAGAUGGCUGUUUGCCCUGGGAAAUCAGUAGAACCUUCACCUUCCCCCUCAGGGACUCCUCAAAAUCAAGAGGGUGAACCGAGUGCUACAAAUCCUGUUACGGCUAUAGACUUAAAUACAUAUAAACAUAUUCAGCAUGUGGAACUCCCCAAGGAUCAAGGAGGACUGGGUAUUGCCAUCAGUGAAGAAGACACACUUAAUGGAGUGGUUAUUAAAAGCUUAACAGAUCAUGGUGCAGCAGCGAAGGAUGGACGGAUCCAAGUUGGGGAUCAGAUCCUUGCAGUGGAUGAUGAAGCUGUUGUGGGCUAUCCUAUAGAAAAGUUUAUCAGUCUGCUGAAGACAUCCAAGACCACAGUGAAGCUCACAAUCAACUCAGUUGAACAUGAUAGUCAAACAUCUCUUCAAACAUCGACAUUCCGACUUUGCAGUGCUACCACAGGCGAGUGGAAGAACAUCCAGCAGUCGCUGAUGAUUCCGUCUUCUGGGUCUCCAGAACCAGAGACAAUUAAAAAUACAAGCAGGUCCUCAACUCCAGCCACGUUAGCCUCUGACCCAGCUACUUGUCCCAUCAUCCCAGGAUGUGAAACAACCAUUGAUAUCUCCAAGGGACGCACUGGACUUGGAUUGAGCAUUGUUGGGGGAGCAGACACUUUACUGGGAGCUAUUAUUAUCCAUGAAGUAUAUGAAGAAGGAGCAGCAUCCAAAGAUGGAAGGCUCUGGGCGGGAGAUCAGAUUUUAGAGGUGAAUGGAAUUGACCUCCGGAAUGCCACGCAUGAUGAAGCAAUAAAUGUUCUCAGACAAACACCCCAAAAAGUCCGUCUCACUGUCUACAGGGAUGAGGCCCAGUACAAGGAGGAAGAUAUGUAUGAUGUUCUCAAUAUAGAGCUGCAAAAGAAGCCAGGCAAAGGCCUCGGAUUAAGUAUUGUUGGGAAAAGAAAUGAUACGGGGGUAUUUGUGUCAGACAUCGUCAAAGGAGGAAUAGCAGAUACAGAUGGGAGACUAAUGCAGGGAGACCAGAUAUUAAUGGUAAAUGGAGAAGACGUUCGAAAUGCUAACCAGGAGGCUGUUGCUGCUUUGUUAAAGUGUUCAUUAGGUAUUGUAAGACUAGAAGUUGGAAGAAUAAAAGCAGGUCCAUUCCAUUCUGAGAGGAGAACAUCCCAAAGCAGCCAGGUCAGUGAAGGAAGUGGCAGCCUGUCGUCAUUCAGUUUCCCACCUUCUGGUUCCAACCCAUCUGAGGGCUUUGAAAGUGGUCUUAAGAAGAAUGCCAUAUCAUCUGAAAUACAAGGAUUAAGAACGGUUGAAAUAAAAAAGGGUCCUGCAGAUUCCCUAGGAGUGAGCAUUGCUGGAGGAGUAGGAAGUCCCCUAGGAGAUGUUCCCAUAUUUAUUGCUAUGAUGCACCCAAAUGGAGUUGCAGCUCAAACUCAGAAACUCAGGGUUGGGGAUAGGAUUGUUAAUAUUUGUGGAACAUCCACUGAGGGCAUGACACACUCCCAAGCUGUCAGCCUACUGAAAAAUGCUUCAGGCACUGUUGAACUGCAGGUGGUGGCUGGAGGGGAUGUAAGUGUCGUAACCGGUCAGCAACAGGAUCCACCAGCUUCCAGCCUUUCAUUUGCAGGACUAACCUCAAGCAGCAUCUUUCAGGAUGAUUUAGGGCCCCCUCAGUAUAAGACCAUUACUCUAGAUCGAGGACAGGAUGGUCUAGGCUUUAGUAUUGUGGGAGGAUAUGGCAGUCCUCAUGGAGAUUUACCCAUCUACGUUAAGACAGUAUUUGCAAAGGGUGCAGCAGCAGAAGACGGACGGCUGAAGAGAGGGGAUCAGAUCAUUGCUGUCAACGGGCAGAGCUUAGAAGGGGUGACCCAUGAAGAAGCAGUUGCUCUUCUAAAAAGGACAAAAGGGACUGUCACUCUGACUGUUCUCUCAUGA